AGAUGUAGCUGUGACACCACUAGAUGUAGCUGUGACCCCACUAAUACCCACACACUAGAUGUAGCUGUGACACCACUGUAGCAAUGGCUUACUCGCUCCACCACAAUGGAAUUUACGGAGCUGAUAAAGAUAAAACAGAUAAAGAAUGUGAGGUGUUUGUUAGAUGUGUUUAGUGAGGUACCGGAGGGGCCGGGUGUGGUUAUUGUAUCUGCUCACGUGCUCUGCUAUGAGAGCGGCUCACUCAAGUUCCAAGUUCUCCACAAAAUGAUCCAGUCGGUGAUCCAGGAAAAGUCAGCAAGUACCCAGGAAUGUACACAGUGUACUGUGUACUGUAAAGACUUUCGGUGUAUAACCCUCUACAUUGAACAGAAGUUAGACUGUGAUCUGUUGGUUGAAACACUGAACUUGUUAUCUAACUUAGAUAACAUUGAACUUACCCUCCCUUUUUACUGUAAACCUAAAUCCAAGGAAGAAGUUUAUGAGAGUUAUGAUGAGCAUUUGGAGUUGGAAUGGUUAGAAUUUCCUCCGAGUGGCUGGACAAUUUCACGUGCUAAUUCUAAUUUCCAGAUAACGGAGUGGUACAGUGAGAUACUAGUGAUUCCAGCAGGGUGGGAGGAUGUUAUGUUGAAGCUUGCGGAAUGUCGUGUAGAGGAACGAGUUCCCCGUCCCACCUACAUGUACACACAUUCCACACGCGGUAAGUGUAUGGUGAUAACAGUAGGUGAUCUACAAGUUGCAAACUCGUUACAAUAUAAGAUCACUGAUAAGGACUACCGUGAUAUUGACUGCAUGUAUAUGAAGAGUGUUCUGGAUUGUUCGGGAGUCGCGACUAUUGUUACCGAGAGUCAUUUUAAAGAUAAGUUAAAAAAGCGAGACUACGAUGGCUGGGAUCAGCUCAAGUUGAAUGUCCCUACUGAAGAUUUGAAAUCUUGUAUCGGUGAGAUGAACAGAAGAGACAGUUGGACCCACGGUAACAAGAAAUGGUUGGAUAUGGUCUGGUUCAUGCUCUGUACCACUAAUACUCUACUCUCUAGAAUAGUCGAGGACGGCAGCAGUAUCCUUCUAGAAGUAUACCCCAGAAUCCUCUCUUCCCUGCUCCAAAUAUGCCUGGAAUCCCGUUACCGUACAAGCUACGGUUUCAUCACGUGUGUCCUCCGCAAAGAAUGGCUCCACGCCGGCUACAAAUUCCACACGAACUCCCUCGAGAACUCUUGUGCUGAAUUCCUCCUCUUCCUCCACUGUGUCCGGCAACUCACCCUCUGGUUUCCCGCACUAUUCCAGUUCUCGGAGGACCUCCUGAUAACACUCCAUGCUGCAGUGAACGCUUCCCGUUACGGUGACUUCCUGUGCGACUCACCACGUGAGAGGGACACAUUGCGGAUACCUCAGAGAACUGAGUGUUUCUGGGAGGAAGUGUUCGCUAGGAUCCCUCCACCUCCCUCUUAUAUAAACCCAGCUUACAAACCCCUCUCCGGGGUCAUUAAACCCCGUGUGGGGGCGCCGGAGAGUGUGCUAGGGUGGGGGAGGGUGUUUUUAAAACAUGCUGCCUUGGACAGGGAGGUGGAGGAAGUGGUGAGGAGGAGGGGUGAGUUGUAUCUUCAGUGGAAAUCAGUUGUUGUCGAGUGAAAUGUGAACUGUUUUAGGAGAGUGAAAUGUGAAAUGUUUUAGGAGAGUGAAAUGUGAACUGUUUUAGGAGAGUGAAAUGUGAACUGUUUUAGGAGAGUGAAAUGUGAACUUUUUUAGGAGAGUGAAGUGUGAAAUGUGACCUGUGUUAUUAUAUAAUUAUAUAGGAGAGUGAAAUGUAAAAUGUGACCUGUGUAGGAGAGUGAAAUUGUUCUUCUGUUACUACCACAUAACAGAGUCUAGGGAUUUUAGAUUGGCUCACGUGAUAUGUGAACUACCCCUUAUUAAUAUUAUAUUUAUAUUCAUACUAUUCAUUAAUCUGAAGGGAAAUUACAGAUCAUUAUUAAAUUUUAAAGUUUGUGCUGUUUUGUAACGGUUGAUUGUUCGUGCUUGAAAGUAAUUUGUGUUUGCGUCAGAUAUGUUUUUAAUUGAUUAUGUAAUAAUUAAAUAAUAAUUACUGGUUUUUAGCUGUUUAUGGGGCUGAUAAUUUUGUAUGAGUUUAAUUGAUGUUUAAUAGAAAAUUGAUUGUGGGCAUUGCGUUCCUUGUGGAUGAUUUUAUUGUAGCUAUUUUUCGUCAUGUUUCAGAGUUUUUUGUAA